AUGGCUAAGAAGGAAAAGAAGAGUUCUGGCGCAAAGGCCAAGGCCUCCGCCGCCGCGAAUAUCCCCCCACCUAGCCAGCUCCUCGGUCUGGUUGACGGUUUCCUCUCCGAAUACUCGCUGGACUCGGUCCGCAGCGCCUUGAAGAAGCAGGUCGAGAAGAACGGAUGGGAGUUGCCCGCGGCUGGAAGCACGUCCCUUGUGGCCAUUUUCCAGACCUGGGAAGCUUCUCAGCCCGCCGCCGCACCCAAGAAGAAGGCCAUCAACGACGAUGUUGACAUGAAGGACGCCAGCAGCGACGACGACGCUGAUGACUCUGGUAGCGAGGGUGACGAUGAGAGCGAGCCCGAGACGAAGAAGAAGAGUCUGAAGAGGAAGGCUGCCGAGAGCGAUUCCAGCUCAUCUGAAUCGAGCUCCAGCGAGUCCGAGUCGAGCUCAGAAUCUGAGGACGAGGAGCCUAGGGCGAAGAGGCAGAGGCGUGAGGAGUCUUCCUCAGAGUCCUCCGAGUCUUCCUCCUCAGAAUCUUCCUCCUCCUCCGAAUCCUCUUCGUCUUCUGAAUCUGAGUCCUCCUCGUCGGAUUCUGAGUCCGACUCGGAGUCAGACGCUUCGGCUGUGGUCGAGAAGGCUUCCAAGGUCGCCCUCCCUGACUCCUCCGACAGUUCCUCAGAUUCCGACUCUUCCUCUUCCUCCUCAUCGUCGUCCUCUUCCUCUUCCUCAUCAUCCUCUGACUCCGACUCCGACUCAUCAUCCGACUCUGACGCCAAAACCAAGAAAUCCAAGAAACUAGCCAAGGUCAAGAAGUCCGACUCCUCAGACUCCUCCGUGACCGUCACCGGCGCCCCAACAUCCUCCGCCCUGGUCGACCCUCCCCUGCCCCCCGAUCCGACCGAGUUAAAGAGGAACGGCAAGAAGCAAAACGUGCCCUUCUCCCGCAUCGCCAGGGACAUCAAGGUCGACCCCCGCUUCGCCUCCAACGAGUACGUUAACAUCGCCUACUCGCAGCGCGCGCACGAGGACCUCAUCGUCACCAAGGGCAAGGGCUUCACCAAGGAGAAGAACAAGAAGAAGAAGGGCAGCUUCCGCGGCGGGCCCAUCAACAUCCACGAGAACCAGAGCGUCUACUUCGAGGAUUAA